AUGACGGCUCAGGGGGGGACGUUACCCGCUAGAGAUGGGACCUCAACCUCCGUUGCAUCCAACUUGAACGGCGAGACAGGAGGCUUCCGCUCGCCAAUGGAGUCCUGGAGCCCUCGGGGGCCUCUAAUACCACCCAUGGACGCUGUAGGCAGCUGCCCGAGACGGACGGGACCUCCCAGUGGGGCAGGGACCCCUUCCAUCGGCGGCCUCGCUCGCCCGCUGGAGCUGGACAAGCUGGAGCAGCACCAUGGACAGCGCGCGUCGGGCCCUUCAAAAGCCCUGGACCAAAGGACAGGUCGACACACCAGCUCGAAUUGA